CCGCCGCAGGCAGAGCGCAGCGGGCGGGCCGGGCGACGGGCCAUGGCGGGCGCCGAGGACGCGCCGGGCCGGCAGCCGGAGCUGGACGAGGACGAGACGGCGGAGGGCCGGCGCUGGGGCGCACAGCACGCCGGAGCCCGAGAGUUGGCAGCGCUCUACUCCCCAGGCAAGCGCUUCCAGGAGUGGUGUUCUGUGAUCCUGUGCUUCAGCCUCAUCGCCCACAACUUGGUCCACCUCCUGCUGCUGGCCCGCUGGGAACACACACCCCUCGUCAUCCUGGGUGUCGUUGCAGGGGCUCUCGUCGCUGACUUCCUGUCCGGCCUGGUACAUUGGGGUGCUGACACGUGGGGCUCUGUGGAUCUGCCCAUUGUCGGGAAGGCCUUCAUCCGGCCGUUCCGGGAGCACCACAUUGACCCUACAGCUAUCACACGGCACGACUUCAUCGAGACCAAUGGUGACAACUGCCUGGUGACGCUGCUGCCACUGCUGAACAUGGCCUACAAGUUCCAGACCCAGAGCCCAGAGACCCUGGAGCAGCUCUACCCCUGGGAAUGCUUCGUCUUCUGCCUGAUUAUCUUUGGCACCUUCACCAACCAGAUCCACAAAUGGUCGCACACGUACUUAGGGCUGCCAUGCUGGGUCACCGUCCUGCAGGACUGGCACGUGAUCCUGCCAAGGAAACACCAUCGCAUCCACCACGUGGCGCCCCAUGAAACAUACUUCUGUAUCACCACAGGCUGGCUCAACUACCCCCUAGAGGUGAUAGGCUUCUGGCGGCGCCUGGAGGACAUCAUCCAAGGCCUGACAGGGGAGAAGCCGAGGGCGGACGACAUGAAGUGGGCCCAGAAGAUCAAGUAGCAUGUCUGGACUCUUGGUUGCCAACCUUCCUGAACCUGAACUGAAGCCAUCUGCCAAAUCCCGGCGUCUCUGAGCUACUCCUCCAGUGAAGAGAAGUCCCCUGGGCUGGGCCCGGGCACCCCUAGCCCACCCCCAGUGACACAGAAUACUUGAGCCACCGAGUUUUCAUUUCCUCUUCUUUUCUUUCCUUGGGCCUUUCUGGCCACUGAGCUGCUCCAAGGCCAAGCCUGACUGCAGAGGGGAGCCCGGUCCUGCUGGCCAGCCCCAUCCCGUGCAUCUGCUCUGCACGCCUGCUCCCUGGCCGGUGUAGGGUCACUGACACACGUGGUCUGUCUCAGUGACCCAGAGAGCCCCCAGAACACGUAAAUGUCCCUGGAUCAUGAUCCUCCGUCAGCCCUGCAAUUCGACCCCAGAGGCCUAGGUGGGUGGGCCACCCCAGCUGCCACCCAAGGGAGGCAGAGCUGGGUAUGGGUCAGAGGGCAGAUGGCAAGGAGAGGCCAGAAUGUCCUGCCCAUAUGCAGAUACUCUUUCCCUUCCCCUAGUUCUUCUGUCCAUGUGUCCAGCCACAUCUGAGGUCUCCCUGUGGAGACAUCUUCAUGGGCACAGCUCUUAUGAAGGGCUUGGUCAUUUGGGGAGGGGACACUGUGUCCCUUCUGACCGGAGUGUCAGAGGAGGAAGAAUAAGGCUUUUUUAUUUGGAUUUUUUUUAAGGUGCUUGCUUGUCAAUGUAAAUAAUGGAAAGCCUUAAUAUCUUUCUGUAACAUGGAGUAAUAUUUUAAUGUCAUGUUUUGGAUGUAUAUAAUAUAUUUAUAACAAAGGAA